AUGAUUUUAGUUCACUCGUCUUGCAUUCGCCUUGUUUUCGAAUUGGAGCGAGACGGUGGAAGAUUUGUUGUAGAGAAGUACAUUCCAAGUACACUAGCAAUGAUGUUUGCAUGGGUAGCUCCUUAUGUGCCUUACAAUUACGAGGAUGUUCGCAUCAUAACACCAAUAACGGUAUUGCUGACGUUAGUGCAAAUGGAGAAAGGUGACAAAGAGAUUAGGACUUCGUAUCUGACGUCUAUGGACAUCUGGUUUGCGGCAAUGAAGGCAUUCACAGCGCUUUCACUCGUUGAGAGUCUUGUCGUACUAGCGCUUAUUAAGCGGAGUAGAGCAGUGGUGAGAUUUAUUUAG